AUGUCUGAUUCAAAUUACCAGUUGUUGGAAACACCCAAAUUUUCCCUGAAAUCACCGCGCGCGAGACCGAAGGAACAUCUCCAACAGGAGCUAAUUCGAGCAAGUGAUAGGAAAAGUCGUCCGAAAAAGCAGGCAGUUAAGCGAUGCUUAUCGGAGGGCUUAAGCAGACAUAAUGGACAAUUAGUAAGUGAAGCCAGAAAAUAUCUACCCCAGUACGACCAGCUGGUACAAGCUGCGGUUAAUCUCUAUGUAACGAGUGAGUUGAAAAAAAUUUCCCUCCCAAAUUCGGAAAACAAUGAAAUGAUAAAAAAUUUGAUUCAGCAAUUCUUCGGACAACCGCACUCUUUGCAGCAACAAUACGUCAAAACCGCCGCGCUUACCCAAAGCAAAGGCGCCCAACUAUGUUCCGACCCGUUUCUGAUAUUUUUGGAUCUACACAAAAGGCAAUCACGAUCGCGACGUCGAACCGAACGUCGGCUGGAAGGAAGUGAUUCGGAUAUCGGUCUGUUCGCUUGCAACGCCUAUCGUGCCGAAUCCGGCGAGGAGUCCGAUCCUACGCGAUUCCGUGCCGGUGGUAACCAAGAUGACAUUGUCCUAUCAGAAGCUAGAGCGCUGUGGAAACGAAUGAGUCCCGAGUUGAAGCUUCCAUUUUUUGUGAACGCUUUCCUAGCGGUUCAUGCUCCCGAAGCACUGGAUCAAGCGUUAUGA